CCAGAGAGGCCAGACCAUUCAUUAUUGGACCUAAGGAACAUGUAUGAAUCUAAAGACAAAAUAACUUUCCUUAUUACAGAUAAUGUCAAGUAAAGUAAACCAGGUGUGUCUAAUCCUCAGUUAGACUUUGAGGCUUUUGAAAAACCAAGCAUUUGUGUAUUUGUAACACUGAAAGAAUAUAUUUCACGGACUCAUGCUCUUAUGACUGACUCUCAGUCAAAAUUAUUACUUAGUUAUAUCAAACCCUACCACCAAGUUAGUAUAGGUAUGAUGUUAUAUGUUGGGUUCACCAAGUUCUGUUUUUUAGCGGACCUUGAUAAAUCCAUCUAUGUGCUGCAUAGCACUGGAGCAGCUUCAGUUUCUGCGGCCAGUAAGUCAUCUGCUAGCUUACAUGAUAUUUUACAGACCACAGGAUGGUCAUCUGCAUAUUUUUUUGCAAAAUAGUACAAUAAGCCCAUAACUUCAACCUCUACAUAUGCAAUGUCAGUGUUAUCUGAAUUUUCAAACAAAUAGAAAUUUCUGGUUGGGGUUCAUACGCAUGUCUCUUUGAAAUUUCAUGGGAUCUCUCUCAGCAUGGUAUUGGGUGACAUGCCCAUUAAGCAUUGACUUUGAAAACUGAUUGGCGCAUGUACUUCCUAUCUCAUGUAAUUACAAUCAAACUCCAACUUUCAGUUAAGUCUCGUUUAAUCUUUAAAUUGAACCUCAUGUCACAAGAGAAAAGAAGGCUACUGCCUAAUGUGACUUUUUUUUAUCUAAGGCCCUAUAUGGCUAUAUUAACAUGAAUGUCCAUUCUUACCUAGAUUUUUAUUCAGAGGUUGACCGAUUUUCAUUAAGAAAUAGGACAAGUUAACCUUAAAAAAGAAGUAUGCUGGAAAAAUGUCUUAAAAUAUAGCUUUUUUCAUAGAAUAUGUGAUAGUUAAAAUCUCUUACCAAGAGAAACUCCGAGAAUAUAUUAAAGACUAGAGCUAAGAAAUUUCUGUUAGAGUCACGAGUACUUAAUUUGAUCUGAUUAUUUCUGUCUGUCCUGUUUUCUGGAUGUUACAUAUGUUUUUGUCAGACGGAAAUACCUCAAAAAUAACUUUGUGGUAAUCUCUUUUAUUGGAUAAUUAAUAGACAUUUUUACAUCAUAGUUCUAUUAUUAUUAGAUUCAAUUUAAAUUCGGACUCAGAGUUUUUGAGAAGUAAUUCAUCUAUUCAUCUAAUUAUUCAUAUUUUUAUCUUUUUUCUAGUUUACAUAUAUAUAUAUACAUACAUACAUACAUACAUACAUACAUACAUACAUACAUACAUACAUACAUACAUACAUACAUACAUAUAUAUUUAUAAUAUGGUGAUCUGUCUUUGUUUUCUUUGUAUUCCUAACGAUCCUUUGCUUUUCCAAUGUGGGAUUACCUUGAGGCAAGGGCAAUAGUUUCCUCGCUUCUUUAAUGUAGAGCAGAUCAAGAGAAAAGUCUAAAAUCAGUUACAAGGAAAAGCAAAGGUUUAAAGGCAGCAUGUUACUAGUAUAUAGUAUUUGUGUGCAAACCCCUCUAUAUGUCCUCUCCACCUUCCUUGCUGCUGCCCCUGAAGGGAGCAUAUAAGUUGGAAGUGUUUCCGCAUUGCUGCAUGGUGAAGAUGCCACACACAUUGCACAGCUUUUGCGAGGAAACCAUUUAAAAACCGGUAAUAGUAAACAAUGGUUCCCAUUUUCGAUUGUCAGAAACCUGUUGGUCAACUAUUGGCCGACAGGUAACCAACACAUUGCUGACACAUUACUGACAGUCAGUCAACAGUGUUAAAUAGACCAAAAAUUGAAUUGAAAAAACAGAAUAAAAAACUUUUCCAGUGGAAAACAGUAUAUAGAAACCCGUUGAUUGCACUGUUUGUACCUAUAUACUUGCUGCUUUUUAAAUGGUGAAAUAGGCUAGUUUGACCCAUCUCCGGGCCUUACGUACCAAUAUUUAGUAGUAAAUUUAGAGCCUAUAUCUUAUAUCCUUGUUUGUACACAAAACGGCGGCUUUCUCCAUUUUGUGGUAAGAAAUAAGCAAAGCCAAAAGUAGUUUUUUAAUCGCCCCAAAAUGCAUUGCUAAACUAUAGUUGACAGUUCUUCAUGUGCGUCUGAUUAAUAAUCCCUUUUUUCCUAUUGACAGGUCUUAGUGCAGUCUGCUAUCGUUUUUUUUUGUUGUUGUCAGUGUAUUUUAUCAAGUGAGGUAUUAAAGUAUAUUCUUUUAGAGUCUUGUUAAACUUUGUUUCAUUUCAUUUUUAAAACACAGCAAUGCAUUGGUCAUCGACUUUUUUUAUUUGGUGGCUCCUAAAGGAGCUGUUUGUUUGGGCUUGAACUAAACGAACUUAGUUCAGUGGAAAGAUCUCCGCUAUGUGGGACAACAUGUGAUGGAACCUGUCUCCCAGGUUCCCCUCUUGAUGGAGUUUAUUCCAGUUGAACUCAUCAAGGUAUCCUGGCAGUUUGGCUUUGGUCGUCCUAUUCAAUGCCUUCAGCUUCAGUUUACUUGACAGCAGAGGCCCUCUAUGGCGUUGCUGUAUGCUCCAGUUUAAGGGUCAACAAAGUUUUCCGAGUGAUUGACCAUCAGGUGGAUGUAGCUUACAUCGUUCAAGGUAAAGUAUGGUGACAACUUGUCAGAAAUGAUCACCAGACUCGUGCUCUUGUCAGGUAACCAAGGUCUCUCAUUGGUGAUCUGGAAUGAAAAAAACUAGCAUUCUCCCAGUAUCUUGCUCUACCAUUCAAAACAACCACUGCCCCCCAGAAACAUGUCCACGGUUGUACUUUCGCUUGUUGCUAAACAUUGACUCAUUAAUCUCCACUGUAAUUCCUCUGCUGCCUAACUUGAAGUUACCAUUUAAAAUUUACAUGGAGCAGAUGUUGCAGAUCUUACCCUGCACUGUCAUGAUGGUUCAAAAUGAUAAUCUGGUUAGCAAAGAGAGUCUUUUGUUGGAUUCACCAAUGGACCACAGGUAAAUGACAUACAACCAUUGUGCAAGUCGAAUAUUCAAGUCUUCAAAGAAAGAUCCAACCCUGACUGAUCUAUGCUUUCUGCAGUUAUUCGAUGGACAUUCCCAGAUGUAACCAUCAGUAGUGUUCUGUCUUUCUGUUAAAAUCAUCUGUGUGCUACACACACAUUCACACUGGGAUGCAAGAAAACAAUGAUGAACCACGAAUGUGAAAAUGGAUUGAAAAAUUCUAAAUCAGCGCAAGUAACUCAAAAUGAUUCGUGACUGAAAUGAGUGGGAUUUUUAAUGCUGAUUUCUUUUCAAACUUUGGUCCCAUAAAAAUCGUCCGAUCAAAAUGUUUGUUUAUUUACAAUUCAUUGGACAAAAAUAUCUCUCGUGGGAUCUCUCAUAGGUAUUAAUUGUAAUGUUCCUGUUGCUAAUGAUCACUUCUUGCACUUAUGCAAACACAGCAGGAGUUCAUCACAAAGAGUUCUCAAAUGUACUGCAUGUGCAGGCGACCACUUCAGACUGCACUGUUUAGUCCUUUGUAACAGCUGCAGUGGCAACAAAAGAAGAUGCAAUUGCCAAUCUCAGCCUCCUUUGCAAAAGAAAAGGACCCAGGAAGCCUGCAGCACAUUUUUGCAAAGCAACGAUCCAGCGACAGACUACAGGAGACUGUAUUAUUAA